AUGCCCGUCCGAGUCACAGUACGACCCGACAGAACUUUCCACUUCGAUGUUCGGACACCUCAUACGUCUUGGCUACUCCUCAACGCGGCCGAUGCUCCAGCAGGCAAGAAGGGCAAGAGGAAAGGCUCCAGCAAUCCCGGCAAGGAGAUCGUUGGCACCCUGAGCCUGAAGCACGUCUACGAGAUCGCGAAGAUCAAGCAGACCGAGUUGAGAUUAUCGGGACUAUCAUUGGAGGGGCUUUGCAGGUCAAUAAUCUACCAGGCGAAGUCUAUCGGACUUGACGUUGUUGCGUAG